CUCCAUCAUCGGGAGACGAAGUAGUUCGAAGGAUUUAAUCUAACGUUGUAGUUAAAAUGAAUAUGUUUAUUACAGUACAGAUAGUGAUAGUGUUAGUACUUGCAGUACUAUCGGAGGCAGCUUCUCUUCCAACAGCUACAGAGAGAAAAGACGCAAUGGACGAGGGCCCGAAUCAAUCCGAUGAACCCGAGGGAAGUGUAGCUGACCCUUCAACGAAGGACGACGAUUAUUCAGAUAGUUUGAAGCAAGACGAGAAAUACUACAAAGUGCGCCUGCUCAAUACCGGUGAUAAGUUCUACGGUUUAAUGGGGUGAAUAGUGAAAUCUUGUCUGAAACAGAAGGUGGACAUUUUGCCACAACAUAAGGAUCACGAAUAAAGGCAUCGCAUCGAAACGGAA